AAACGUCCUUCGUGAGCAGAGACCUAAAAAAGCAGACUCUUUAAAAAAGGAAGGGUCAAGGGGGGAAGAAAUAGCCAUGUGUUCCGCCGGAGCUGCCGUCACAAACACCGUCAACGGCGGAAACAAUGAAAACAAGGCAAUGGGUUUUCUUCUCGUCUUCUUCCCCGAAGCCAUCCACAACAAAAUUAUCGGCAACUCCAUUAAUAAUACCACCACCAAUAAUAAAACAUCAUCAUCAAGAUUCAUUAAAAGAACAAAUCCCAAUCUCCUUUUCACCAAAGCUCGAUUCACCAUUUCCAUGUGCGCUAUUUUAGUUUCCCUCACUCUUCUCUUCUUCACUCUCUCAACUCUUGAACCUUCCUCUUCUUCUAUGUGGGAUUUUAAACCUCUGCAUGUACUCAAGAAAAAACCCAAUGUCAUUUCGUCUUCUUCUUCGUUCGCUUUACAUGGGAUGGGUACUUUGUAUAGACGUGGAACAACCGCCAUGGACGAGCUUAUCAUUUGCCAUGUUGUUGAAGAUAUAGCCGAAGAUGAACUCAAGCUUUUCUUAAGAGUCUUACAUAGAUCCGGUAUCACUUCAAGAGCUGACAUUGUUUUCCUUUUUGGGUCUUCUUUAUUAUCUUCUAAAUUCAGCUUUUUGAUUCAUGAAGAGAACGAGUCAUUCUCGAAACUCAUUCGAUAUUACAACGAGUUGAAUACUACGAGUUCCCGUGACUCAGUCUUUCGUUUCAACUCGACCCAGUUUUGGAAAUCUGGGAAGAAAGAUAUGGGAGAACCGAUUUGGGGAAAGAAGGGGAGAGGGAAUUAUAGUAGUUCAAAUGAAGAUGAAAGUGAGUCAACUCGGUUGAUUUAUGGCUCAGUUGUGGGGUUUGAUGUGAAUGAGUUGGAUCCUGAGAACUCGUUGGGUGGGUUUUUGGAUUAUAUUCCACUAAGUUUAAGAAGAUGGGCUUGUUAUCCAAUGUUAUUAGGAAAAUUGAGGCGAAAUUUCAAUUAUGUAAUGUUAUUAGAUGUUAAGAGUUUACUGUUACUCAGUGAUCCGCUCGGCCGUGUUAGGAGUCGGAGUUCCGAGUCCAUUUAUUUAUUUAGCAGCUGCAGCAACAACAGUAAAAGUAACUCGGAGAAAACUCAGUCUCAUUGUCGGGUAAACUCGGCGAUUUUGAUGGGUGGAGUUAGGGGAACACGGAGGUUAGCCAAUGCAAUGUUGACUCAGGUUGUUAGAGCUACAAUACGGCAGCAUAAGAAUAAGAACCCGGUAUCUGAGUCGGGAAUUUUCAGUCAACUUGUCGGCAAUGGCUAUAUAAUGAAGAAUGUAGAGUUGACAACAUUGACCGAGUCAUUUCAAGAAGCGGGUUCACUCAGUGGGUUGAGUUCUGACUCAGUUGAAGGUUAUUCAAUAAUCCAACGUGGUAAUGGUAAUCGUGAUAGUAGUUCCAUGAUUACGAAUCUAAUAUGUUUAUGUGAAGCAGAUUCUUCUGUUUAUAGGGAUUGUUAAUUAGUACAUUAUUUAUUUUUCAAAUAUUUAUAAUUUAUAUUUAA